AUGAAAGUCACGGGCAUCAUCCUUGGGCUCGGCGCGUUGGCCAGCGCCGGCAGGACAUUUCGACGCGGCGACGACGGUACGGGACCUGCGACAGCCAACGACACGCUGGCCUCGAUUGCGCCCAAGAAGUUCAUCGUCGAGAUCGGUCAAGGCUCCAGCAGCGAUGAGCUGAUUCGGGACAUUGAGAACAAGCCCGGGUGUCGAGUCACCAAGGUGUUUGACUCUGCCGUGUUUCGCGCAAUCUCGGUGGAAUCAGACAGCGUCAACACCGACGAGCUGGAGUCUCUGGCCUCGGUAGCAAAAGUAUGGCACGCCACCCGCGUGCAGCUGCCGCCCGUCGUCGAGGGCAAGAGCUUCUCGGAUGACGCCGCCGCGCCCGAAUACUUCAUUCACGACAUGACCGGCGUCGACAAGGUGCAGGCGCAGGGCAUCCUGGGAAAGGGCGUCAAGGUCGGUGUGGUGGACACCGGGACAGACUACACUCACCCCAAUCUUGGCGGUUGUUUCGGGAAGGGUUGCAAGGUCGAGGGCGGCUACGACUUCGUCGGCGACUCCUACUGGCCCUUCCCCGGAAACGGAAACGUCAAGGAGCCCGAUGAUGACCCUCAAGAUCUCCAGGGUCACGGUACUCAUGUCGCUGGCAUCAUCGCGGGUAACAGCGACAGGCUGAAGGGUGUGGCACCCGAGGCAACCAUCUACUCAUACAAGAUCUUCGGCUACAGCGGCACAGACGAGGAGACUAUCAUUGAGGCGUUUAUCAGAGCCUACGAAGAUGGCAUGGACGUCAUCUCGGCCAGCGUCGGCAGCGAUGGCGGUUGGGCAGAAACUGCUUGGGCCGAGGUUUCCAGGCGAAUCGUGGACGAGGGCAUCGUGGUGGUGAUCGCUGCGGGCAACUCGGGCAGCCUGGGGCCUUGGUCUAUGAGCUCGGGUGGUUCUUCGCCGGAUGCUCUGGCAGUUGCAUCGGUUGAUGCCAAGAUGGCAACGGGACGUCCUUGGGCGGCUACUUUCAACCUGGACGGCCACUCCAACAGGACCAUUCUUGCCUACAAGCCCGACUUCGCUUUGUUUCCCCCUGAGAUCUUGAACCUUCCGAUCGUGCCGCUGACCCUCAACUCGAGCGUCGAGAAUGACGCCUGCCAGGCGCUGCCCGAAAACCUCAACCUGACCGGCGUCAUCCCUCUGAUCCGCCUCGGUGGCUGCCAGGACAAUGUCAAAGAGGGCAAUGCCAACAAGCGCGGCGCCAAGUACAUCCUCAUGUACAUGGAGGAUGGCAUGAUUGCCAGCUUUUCCGGCCUGGGCUGGGCGCAGAGCUCCAAGGGCAUGAUCAGCAACACCGCAGGCAAGGCCAUCGUCGACACGGUUCUCGCGGGCGGCAACGUCACGGCCGACUUUUCCAUCGACACAGGCACCAACUACGUCGGCAUCUACAACUCAGCAGGCGGCAAGCCGUCGACUUUUACGUCUUGGGGUCCCACGUACGAUCUGUCUCUCAAGCCCGAUAUCGCAGCCCCAGGAGGCCGCAUCUUGUCGACUUACCUCGACGGUGGCUUCCGCGAGGUCAGCGGCACCAGCCAGGCCACCCCCUACAUCUCGGGCGUCGCGGCGCUCUACAUUUCCAAGUAUGGCGGCCGCAGCGUCCACGGCAAGGGAUUUGCGCGCCAGCUCCAGGCCCGCAUUAUGAACACGGGCAAGACAAUUGAAUUCGGAGAUGGCACGGACAAGGACUAUGGGUUCUGGGCUCCUCCGAUCCAGGUCGGCACCGGUAUGGUCGACGCAGUGGCCGUGCUCAACUACACAACCGAUAUGUCUUUUGCCAAGUUUAGCCUCAACGACACGCACCACUUUAGCCGCUAUCACUCGGUAGACAUCACAAACAAUGGCAAGGAGAGCGUCGAGUACACGUUUUCCGUGCAGGACGCCGCCGGGUUCGAGAGCCAGUUCACCGACGCGUCCGAGGCCGCCUACGCACCCCGCAUCAAGGAUUUUGACGAGCUUGUGCCCAUCAAGAUCGUCCCCGAGGUCAGCCUGCCCCAAGGCAAGUUCGUUCUGGCGCCGGGCCAGACGCGCAAGGCGCAGUUCAACUUCAAGGCGCCCGAGGGGUUGAACGCCUCCCGCCUGCCCAUCUACAGCGGCAAGGUGCUCAUCACGGGCAGCAACGGCGACAAGCUCUCGGCGCCGUACUUUGGCGUCGCGGCGGACCUCAAGCGCAACAUCCCCGACAUUUAUUACUCGCAAAACGGAUACCCGCAGGUCUUGUCGGGGACCAACGGCACGCUGAUACAGGACAAGGCCUCGUUUGGCUUCAACCUCUCCCUGGCGGCGCAGGACUUCCCCCGCCUGCGCACCAUCCUGCGGUACGGGACGCGCGAGCUGCGGUGGGACAUAUUCACCACCGACUUCACCGAGCGCGAGUGGGUGUACCCUCCCGUGCCGGGCGUCAACAAGUUCGUGGGCGCGGCGACGAGCUUCGACUACACCAACAGCAUCUACCAGAGCAUCUUCGACCCGGCGACGCAGGACGCAAACGACACCUUCCCCUUCCCCGUGCACAACGUGGGCCGCGACGCGCCGUUCCAGGGGCUCUGGUUGGGCAAGCUGGCCAACGGCACGCAGAUCGCGCCUGGGAAGUAUCAGAUGAGGGUUGCGGCCCUGGCGCCGUUUGGGAACCCCCGCGCGGCGGAUAAUUGGCACGUCUGGAAGGUGCCUGUGUUUGAGGUGUUGGAGAGGAAGUAG